CAUAUCUCUCAAAGGAAAAGGAAGAAAAAACCCAUGUCAGUGGAACAUCAACUGCAAGCAAUGGUGGAAAAGCUUUACGCUGAGUCUGCGCAGGAGCAGGGUAAGCUGCUUUGCAUUGAAAGCCUGCUCCAGGACCUGCAUACACUUUUCAGGAUGGUCCAUAGGAAGAUCAGUGGCAUCAACGACAGUGCACUUCUCAUGAUCAGCGCCAACAACGAGCAGUACCACCAGCUUCUACAGAGGCUCUGGUCUCUCACACUUGACAUUGAUGACAUGCUCAACAAGGUCUCUUGCUAUCUAACAAAAACAAGGGUCCUCUCAAUUCAGGUACACAGCUCAUUCAUCCUUAGAAGGCUCCCUUUUCGACGCCGCAUUGUCCAUAAGAUCAAACAAUCAAUAGUUGAAUUGCAAGAAUGCUAUGCACAGACAUAUAGAAUCCGAUUCCCAGCCAAACAUAGAGAUAUCAGCACACCUAUGGUUUGCCAAGGAGCACAUAGCAUACGACCAGAAGGGAUACUAGGAAGGGAAAAGGAAGUGGAUGAUGUUCUAACAAUGAUGCAAGCUGAUCAUGGCAAAGCUGGCCUGUCAGUGCUUCCCAUAACCGGAAUGGCUGGAAUUGGGAAGACAACCCUUGCUCAGUUAGUGUUCUCACAUCCAUGGGCUGUCAAGACAUUUGGUGAUGACCGAAUUUGGGUCGUGGUGUCUAGUAGUUUCGAUGAUAUGAUAAUAUUGAGCAGACUAGCAGAAUUUCUAAACACCAGGCAAUGCAACACAGUGGACUCUGAGAGCCUUCAGUGCCUUGUCAAGCAGCGACUAUGCGGGCGAAAGUUUCUUAUUGUCUUGGAUGAUGUUUGGGGUCAGAAUCUGCAGAAAUGGAAGCUAUUGAUUGAGGUCCUUGAGAGUGCCAAGUCAGGAAGCAAGAUGAUUGUGACUAGUCGCGUUCCAGAUGUUGUAACAAUGACCAACUCUCUCAGACCAUACACUUUGAAGCGUCUCUUACCAAUCGAUUCUUCAAACCUUCUCACACAAUGGAUGCAAAAUUCUGCAGAGUUGCCGCCGCGGCUAAUUCCAAUAAGAAAAAUGAUCGCUGACACAUGUUGUGGCGUGCCCUCACUACUACUCAGUGCAUCAAACAAGCUCAAGAGCAUACGGAAGACUGAAGUUGCAUGGCAGCAUGUCCUGAGCAGAUUUGACCUAGUUUUCUACGCAGACCCACUUCUGUUGGAUGCAACUUACGUCAGUUAUCAACAACUCCCUUCCAAUAUCCAGCAAUGCUUUCUAUACUGUUCACUGUUCCCAGUUCAUAGCUUUACUCCCGAACAGUUGACUGGCAUGUUUGUUGCUGAUGAUCUCAUAAAACUGUCAAGCAGCAAAUCUGACAUGCAUAUGUACUUCUCCAAGAUAAUGACAGAACACUACUAUGAUGUAAUGCAGAAACCUCGACACAAAGCAUACGCUAUUUACAAGAUGCACCCUGGGAUGCAACUUCUUGCACAAAUGAUUAGCAGGGGAUUUCACUUAGCAAUAGAUGCCAGGAAGGAAUUAGUUUGGCCUGUAGAAAAUGCAAAAAAAAGUGCUCGGUGCCUCUCCUUACUCGUUGACUCGAAGACAACUGAGCUUCCAACAGAAUUGUUUGAAAUGGGAAAUCUGAGGACACUAAUCUUGCUCAGAGAUGAAAAGAUGCUUUUGUCUGACAAGAAGUGCUCAAUCACAGACAUCCCAGAAGAAUUCUGCAAAUGUCUGAUAGAUAUGCGUGUACUACACAUGCAAUCUUGCAGGAUCAAAAGAGUACCUAAGUUAAUUGGUAUGCUUAAAAAAUUAGCCUAUCUUAAUCUCUCCCACAAUGAUAUAGAGAUUAUACCAGAUUCAAUAUGCAACCUUCAGUUCUUGAAGAAUUUCAACCUUUCACGAACUGAGAUUGCUGAAUUGCCAGAAUCAGUUGGAAAGAUGCAAGCUUUGCAAGUUUUGGAUCUAUCUCAUUGUGAAAAACUUCUUCAUUUGCAUGAAUCUGUAAGCAAUCUUGUGAAUCUUCAAAUCCUAAACCUUGAAGGCUGUCAUUACCUUGCUAUUUUACCAAGAAGCAUGAAAAACUUGAAAAGUCUUGCCUACCUAAACGUUCUUGAAUGUCCUUUACUAACUCAAAUGCCCUGUCAGAUGAACCAACUUAGAAACCUCGAGAUAUUGCCAAGGUACAUUGCAGCGGAAAAUCACGAGCACACCAUCUCAGAGUUGCGUCCCUUAGUUAGUUUGAAGGAACUCAGUAUUUGCAAUAUGGAAAAUGCUUCUUUUGAUGACGCAAGGAAUGUAAUCCUGCAAAAGAAAAAUAGGCUUGUGUCUUUGGCAUUAAGUUGGACAGGAAGCUGUACAGAUCCUAUGAUUAGUUCAAAAGCACAGCAAAUACUUGAACUUCUUAAGCCAAACCGUGGUUUGAAAGUGUUAUGCAUUUUCUCAUGUCCAGCAAAGAAGCUUCCAUCAUGGAUAACAAGCAUGCCAGCAUACUUAAAAUCACUUACUGAGAUCAAGCUAGUUAAUUUGGCAUGUGAAUGCCUACCUCCACUGGGGCAAUUACCUCUUCUCAAGAUUGUUGAAUUAAGUGGAAUAAAUGCUGUCACACGUGUAGGUGACGAAUUCUAUGGGGAUGAUGGCACAUUCGCCUCACUGGAGAAACUCUCGUUCUUUCACAUGCGCAACCUAGAAAUAUGGCUUCCAUCACAGAGAGAAGCAAUUUUCCCAAACCUUCAAGAAUUGACUAUCACCCAAUGCCCAAAAUUUAGAGCAGUGCAUGUGAAACUCCCAGUUGUCAAAAGCUUAAUCAUGUUGUUGAACAACGAUAAAUUGAUUGGAUCUAGAGGAGCACUGGAAGGUUUCUCUCAAAACCUGAAAUCUCUGUCGGUUUCCCUGUGUGACGGGCUAUUAGAGUGUUCAGAAUGUGAGGGGCUGAGAGAACUUCGAGGUAUUGAGGAACUUCAUAUUUCAAGGUGCACAGAAUUGAUUUCUUUGCCCCAUGGCAUGCAGCAUUUGUCAUUCCUCCGAACCUUGACAAUAACAGAGUGCACAAAUUUGGAAACUUUCCCAGAAUGGUUGAAGAAUUUCACCUCUCUGAGAUCCUUGCACAUAUCUAGUUGUCCAAAGCUGCACAUACCCAAGAGUUUGAAUAAUCUGUCGAAUCUCGAGAUUAGUCUAGAGUGAAGGCCCUCAGUUCCACUUUUGGACAGAAAUGUUUAUGCAACAAAUGUAACAAAAUAUAUACACAAUGAAUACAUAACAUUGUUAGUACCAGUCAUAGCUUCUGCAUUUUUGCAGACAAAUUUCUUUGAGAUAUCAUGCUUCUGUCUGGUUCUAAUUGAUCGUGUUCCUAUUUAUGGAACAUGUGCAAAUA